AUUCGUUUGAUUUUUUGCUUGUCUUUUUCAAACCAACAAGCAAAUUUAAGGUUUAAGCUGCUUCUUAUCACAAUCGACGGCGCUCGCGCUGAUAAGCGGUGUGUGUGUGUCACUUUUGCAGCAUCACACACGCAGCGUCUCCACGGCAAGGUGGUGCUGGUGAUAAGGGAACCUUCUGCCUCACUCUCUCUCCUUCCGCGUUUACGGGGAGAUAAAACUGCGCCUCCACAAUAUGUCUGAAAACAUCAAGCACGAGAUGGACAUGAAGAUGGAACCGAGCAGCCCGCCCGAGAAGGACCGCAGCAGCAUGUACUCGCGGUGUUCCAGCGCCGGAAGUGCCCACACGCCGACCUCGUCGGCCCACAACUCCGAAGACGAAGAGGACUCCGGGGACAACGGCAAGGGUGGCACUUCCGGUGGAAGCAGCAGCAUCAGCUACAAGGAACGGCGCCGCGAGGCGCACACCCAAGCCGAGCAGAAGCGCCGGGACGCCAUCAAGAAGGGGUACGAUUCGCUGCAGGAACUGGUCCCCAGCUGCCAGCAGACGGACGCUUCCGGUUACAAGCUGAGCAAGGCUUCCGUGCUGCAAAAGUCGAUCGAUUACAUCGGCUUCCUGCACCAGCACAAGAAGAAGCAGGACGAGGAGAAGGCCUCGCUCCAGAAGGAGGUGAUGGCGCUGCGGAUCAUCCAGAAGAACUACGAGCACAUGCUCCAGCAGCAGCAGCAGAGUCCGGGUCGGACCGAGGCGCGGCUCAGCGACGACGUCAAGUUCCAGGUGUUCCGCGCCAUCAUGGACGAAAUGUUCGUGACGUUUGAGCAGCUGCCGAUGAACGAUUUUGCGGAGCUGACGAGCGGGGUUAUUCCGUGGCUGGAGGAGCACUGCAAGCCGCAUCUGCUGCGGGACGUGGUCAAUCGGACGCUGGGUGGGAUUACGUCCAGCUAUGUUCAGCAACAGCAGCAAGGAGGAGGUAAGACGAACGUAAAGAUGGAAUAGUUUCGGGCGUUGAUGUUUUGUGUUGUUUUCUAUAAAUUCUAUGACUUUA